UGCACUCAUGCACUGUAGUUUGCCUCCUGCAAUCUGAACAAUGACUCCACGGCGGUGAUAGCGAGCCCAUAGAAUGCGUUACCCACUACUGGAUUUCUGUGUUUUGUUUCUGCUCCGACGUGGUGUUUAAUGUACAAAUCGUAAGCAUGUGGAUACCGACAGAACACGAGAAAUACGGCGUCGUGCUGGCCAGUUUCCGGGGGACGGUGCAGCACGGCCUGCCGCUGGAGAUCGGGGACACGGUUCAAAUCCUGGAGAAAUGUGAAGGCUGGUACAGAGGCUUCGUCCUCAAGAAUCCUAAUGCAAAGGGCAUUUUUCCAUGCAGCUACAUUCACUUGAAGAAUGCUCACAUCAAGAACAAAGGGCAGUUUGAGACGGUCAUCCCCACUGAGGACUCAGUUAUCACAGAGAUGACCUCCACACUCAGAGAGUGGGGAUCCAUGUGGAAACAGCUAUAUGUGAGGAACGAGGGGGAUCUGUUCCACCGGCUGUGGCACGUGAUGAAUGAGAUCCUGGACCUGAGGAGACAGGUGCUGGUGGGUCACCUGACCCACGACCGCAUGAGGGACGUCAAGCAGCACAUCACCGCGCGCCUCGACUGGGGCAACGAGCAGCUGGGUUUGGACCUGGUGCCAAGACGAGAGUUCAGCAUGGUGGACCCAGACGAGAUCAGCGUGACUGAGCUCUACCGCCUGAUGGAGCAUAGGCACCGUAAGAAGGAGACUCCGGUCCCGGCGAGCACGCAUCACCUGUUUGUCCAGGUGAAGAGCUUGAUGAGCUCCAACCUGGGUGAGGAGCUCGACGUCUUCUUGUACAUCUACGACGGCCGUGAGAGCCGGGCCCUCAGGUUUGGCCUGUCGGUAUCAAUGCAGCUGCUGCACGGCGAUAUGGAGCAGCUAAGACGAGAGUACAUGGUGCUGUUCACCCGCGGCGUGUCCGUCACCAAGAAGCUCGGCUUCUCCGACAUCAUCAUGCCAGGUGAGAUGCGGAAUGACCUCUAUGUUACUUUGGAGAGGGGCGAGUUUGAGAAGGGCGGCAAGAGUGUUGCCCGGAACGUUGAGAUCACCGUCUACGCCCUCGACAUCGAUGGACAGAUUCUCAAGGGUCAGGUGGCCGCGGGUGCUGGGGAGGCCGGUGGGGACGAGUACCACUCAUUUGUGCUCUACCACAACAACAGCCCACGCUGGAGCGAGCAGAUCAAGCUGCCCAUCCCCGUCGACAUGUUCAGGGGCUCACACGUGCGCUUCGAGUUCAGACACUGCUCCACAAAGGACAAAGGAGAGAAGAAGCUCUUUGGCUACUCCUUUGUGCCCCUCAUGCAGGAAGAUGGCAGGACUUUACCCGAUGGGACCCAUGAGCUCAUCAUACAUAAGUGUGAGGACAACAUGUUCCUGCAGGACUGCACGCGCUACCUCAAGCUGCCUUUCUCCAAAGGCAACCUCCCCGGCAACAACCAGGCGGUGAAGGGCAGCAAGGAGUCCUUCUGGAUCACCUCUUUCCUCUGCUCCACCAAGCUCACCCAAAACGGAGACAUGCUUGACCUGCUGAAGUGGAGAGGCCACCCGGAGCGCAUCACUGACAGCCUGUCCAAGCUGAAGGAGAUCGAUGGCUCCGAGAUAGUCAAGUUUCUGCAGGACACGCUUGACACUCUGUUUGGCAUUCUGGAUGAGAGUUCACAGAGAUACGGCCUGAAGGUGUUUGAUUCCCUCGUGCACAUUAUAAACCUCCUUCAGGACAGCAAGUUCCAGCACUUCAAGCCUGUGAUGGACACCUACAUCGAGAGCCAUUUUGCCGGCGCUCUAUCAUACAGGGACCUCAUCAAGGUGCUGAAGUGGUAUGUGGACCGCAUCAUCGAUGCUGAACAUCAGGACCAUUUUCAACAAGUCCUCAAGGCGACGGAGUACAUCUUCAAGUACAUCAUCCAGUCGCGGCGUCUCUUCUCCUUGGCAACAGGCGGCCAGCAUGAGGACGAGUUCCGCUGCUGCAUGCGAGAGCUCUUCUACUCCAUACGCUUCUUCCUGUCCCAGGAGAGCAAGGGAUCCAUGCCGGUCGCACACACACAGGCCGUGUUCCUGCGCACGUUCCCGGCUGUGUACGGCGAGCUGCUCAAGCUCUUCUCCGUGAGGGAGGUGGCCACGUUUGUGCACGACACCCUAGGGAGCCUGCCCACCACGCCCAAUCCAGACUGCCCCCUAGAGGCCAUCAAGCUGCAGUGCAUCGCCAGGACGGUGGAGAGUCAGCUCUAUACCAAUCCUGAGUCGAGGUGUAUCCUGCUGCCCGUAGUGCUGAGGCUGCUUCAUGCCCACAUGCAGGAGCAGAGAGAGCUGGUCAUGUGCGCUGGCAUCCUCACCAGCAUGCUGUCGCUCAUCAAGAAGGAGGACACGUGUAGUAUGCUGAAGGCCAGUAUUUUUGCAAAGGCCUCCUAUACCCUGCUGCUGUAUGAUGAGCUGCUGGAGUGGUCAGAGCGCCCCCUACGGGAAUUCCUCAACUACCCCAUGCAGUCGGAGUGGCAGCGCAAAGAGUACCUGCAUCUCACCAUCAUCGAGAACUUCGACAGGGGAAAGAGCUGGGAGAAUGGGAUCAUUUUAUGCAGAGAGCUUGCUGAUCAGUAUGAAGCCUACUAUGACUACAGAAACCUGAGCAAAAUGAGGAUGAAGGAGGCCUCUCUGUAUGAUAAGAUUAUGGACCAGCAGAGGCUUGAGCCUGAGUUCUUUAGAGUGGGCUUCUAUGGGAAGAAGUUCCCCUUCUUUUUAAGGAAUAAGGAGUUUGUGUGCCGUGGCCAUGACUACGAGCGCCUGGAGGCAUUUCAGCAGCGCAUGCUCAACGAGUUCCCCCACGCCAUCGCCAUGCAGCACGCCAAUCAGCCCGACCAGACCAUCUAUCAGGCCGAAGCACAGUACCUGCAGAUCUACGCGGUCACCCCCAUCCCCGAUAGCCAGGACGUGCUGCAGAGGGAUGGCGUCCCUGACAACAUCAAAAGCUUCUACAAGGUCAACCACAUCUGGAGGUUUCGCUACGACAGACCCUUCCACAAGGGCACCAAGGACAAGGAGAAUGAGUUCAAGAGCCUGUGGGUAGAGCGCACCACCCUGACCCUGGUCCAGAGCCUACCGGGCAUCUCGCGCUGGUUCGAGGUGGAGAAGAGAGAACUGGUGGAGGUGAGCCCGCUGGAGAACGCCAUCGAGGUGAUCGAGAACAAGAACCUGCAGCUGCGGACACUCAUCACCCAGUGCCAGACGCGACAGAUGCAGAACAUCAACCCGCUCACCAUGUGUCUCAACGGGGUCAUCGACGCUGCUGUCAAUGGAGGCCUAGCACGCUACCAAGAGGCGUUCUUUGUGAAGGACUACAUUGUGAACCACCCAGAAGACGGUGAUAAGAUUGGGCGACUACGAGAGCUCAUGUUUGAACAGGCCCACAUCCUGGAGUUCGGCCUGGCUGUGCACGAGAAGUUCGUCCCCCAGGACAUGCGGCCACUGCACAAGAAGCUGGUGGAUCAGUUCCACCUUAUGAAGUCCAGUCUGGGCAUUCAGGAGUUCCCAGCCUAUGUGCGUGCCAGUCCCAUCCAUUUCACCAACGGAAGCCCACGCACCUGUCGGAACUCUGCCCCCAACAUUAUGUGCCCACCAGAGGGGGGUCGAGUGGUGGCACGACGCAGCCCUCUGACCUACCCAGCGGUGAACAGAUACUCAUCGUCGUCACUGUCGUCUCAGGCCUCCAAUGAGGUGAGCAACAUCACGGGCCAAUCAGAGAGCUCUGACGAAGUCUUCAACAUGCAGCCAAGCCCAUCUACCUCGAGCCUUAGCUCCAACCACUCUGCGUCUCCUAAUGUGACCAGCUCUGCUCCUUCCAGUGCUAGAGGUUCUCCCCAGCUCCCGGACAAACACAAGCACUCACGGGAGAACGCCUGCCUGUCCCCACGGGACCGACCCUGCAGUGCCAUCUAUCCCAACCCCCUGGACCCCACACAGAGGAUGAACGCACACCAAAUGGGGGAUUCCACAUUACCGCGCAGUGAACCCAACAUCUCUGCUCCUGACAAAGUGGUCAGGCCUGCUGCGAGUAGCUGGAGUCUUGACUGUGUUAAAGAGGCCAGCACACCACCGCAGCCAGCUUCUGACAGGUUCUUAUGUCCCCCUGUCCCUCCUAGGCCAACGUACUCAGUGGGGUCUCCUGCCAAGAACACUAGAUCACAGUCACCCAUCACAACAUUGCGCUCUCCACAAAAGAACUCUGCGCCUCCCUUCACCCCCUCUCCCACUGAGUGCCAGCCGGCUGGCCUGGUGUCCAACUCGCCAGCCCUGUCCGGCAGCUACAGCAGCGGCAUCUCCUCCCUAAGCCGCUGCAGCGUCUCAGAAGCUUCCGGAACCGAGGGGCCACCUACCGGACCAGGCUCGGGUCCCCCCGACGGAAACCCGCCGCUCCUGCCCCCCAGCACCCUGCUGCCGAACUCCGCGUCCGAACGCGGCCUGGACGAGCUGGGCCCGCGGCGUGACAGCAAGACCCCGCCCCCCUACAGCGUCUUCGAGCGCUCCAACCCCCGCCGGCCUAUGCCCCUCCCCCACAGCCUCUCCGUGCCCCCCCAGGUGGACCCACCGGCGCUGCCCCCCAAGCCCCACCAGAUGCGCUGUGCCAAGCCAGAUGUCGAUCCCCGACGGCCCCCUCCCAUCGAAACCCCACGGCCCAGGGUCUUGCCCAGAAAAGUGUCCCAGCUCUAGGAGACACGGGGAGCUGAGUAAAGAUUAAAAAAAAAAAUAGUUGCCAUUUUUUUGCACUUUCAAAAUGAAAAAUGAUUGAGAACUCUUUUAGGUUCACUGAUCUCAAACCUUUUUCCCCCACGAGAUCACCUGAUAAAACUGGACCCAUUGAGAAGUACACACAUUCAAGGAAACAAAACACAACAAAAUCAUAGUGAUCUGGCUGCACGAUGCUGCACUUUUAGCUGUAGGACUCCAAGUAACACCAAGCAAAUGGUCAAACUGCACUCAGUAUUUUUUUUUUUAUUAUUAGGGCAGUCAAGAACCAAGAAAAAAUAAAAAAUUGGCUUUUUUAAAGUAGGUGUUAAAAUCCCAAUGUGUGUACAUACUAGUGAGUUUUCAGACAAAUGUUUUGCCUUAAGUGUCAGACGCAGUCUUUUGAUUGAUGGAACAAUGCACGUCUCCGCGUCGGCUGUAGUUUUGUCUGGUUUAUACUGGUGCUAGCGGACAGUACUCUCGUAUUCAUUCCUGCACAGGAACACUUGCCUGACUUGAUAGUCCACUAAAGCUAUUUUAGGCCUCUCCUCUAUCCCUUAAGACUACAGUUUUUAUGAUCACAUCAGUAACACAGUGAACACUGCUAUCGGGCUUUAAAUGGCUUGAAGAUGACGUGGGAUUUUUUUGCCACAAAAAAAAAAUGUCUUGCAGCUAGGGGGGUAGGAACAAGGCCUCUUAACCCGAAAAAUAAUUUAUACCCAUCUCAAGUUUUGAGUAGCACGGCGGGAGCAAUCAUGCCUGUUCUCAUUUAUCUUCUAAUCAUAGAAUUUUAAAUAAAAAAUUCCAGAAUCCCCACCUUCCUCCUGCUUUAGUCGCAUGUUGUGGGAAAAGGAAAUGGACUUUAUGAAAGAUCUGCUGGACUCUUGUGCCAAAGGAAUGGAACAUCCAGUGGUGGAACUGGGGAAGAUAAGGUGAACUGAAAGAAGCAGGUCCUUAUGUGUGUAUGUGAGUGUGUGUGUGUGUGUGUGUGUGUGUGAGUGUAUGUGUGUGUGCGUGUGUGUGUGUGUGUGUGUGUGUGUGUCUGUGUGUGUGGUAUACAUGCAUAUGUGUGUGUAGGCACAUACACUUGUGCAUUGAAGAGAGAGAAUGCAGACUUGUCCUGCCUUAGAGUAGCUGGAUAAGAAGCUGAUGACUAUUUGAUUUAUUUCUCAUGUUUUAACGAUUCAACUAAUUUCAAUGUUGCUGUUAUUUUAUGAUACUUGGGAUCAAUAUGAGCACAAAUCGGAUAAUGGCUAUUACCUGUCUUGCUCCCUUUCAGCUCUUCUCUUUCUUUUAAUCUCUCUCUCUCACUCUCUCUCUAUCUAUCUAUCUCUCUUUCACACUCUUACUCACACAGCUUAUAUCUCUCACAAGUACUUCCAGGAAUUAUGUUUUUAACCCACUGCCAGAACUCUAAAACACAAGUGGGGUGCCGCUCUGGCUGUUGAUUCAUUCAGAACAUGAAUUCCUUAGCAGUGAUCCAGCUGUGCAUAUGUUAAGUCUACUCUGGUCACCUCUGCUGUUUAGCUAAACAGUUCACCUUGUCAGCGUCUAUUAUUUUACAGUGUCCAUUAAAGUUCAUUACUUGGGGGCUCGUCUGGGAUUUCACAUGUCAGUGUAAUUGCCGUUCUGUACAACUGUUCUGUACAUUUGUAGAGGAACAUACUGAUAACUAAACUCAAUUCCGUCAUUUUGUUUUGUUUGUUUGCAUUUUAAGAAAUUAACUGGAGUAUUAUUUCAAUGAGUCAUUUUUGUAUUGUAUUUUUGUUUUUUUCUUUCAAAUUUACAUUUGUUGUGAAUUUUUGGAUUAAAUAUUCACAUGAAAUCAGUACUUGAGAAAUUGUAAAUUAUAUAAUGAAGUCGUUGUAUGUAAGUAUGCCAAAUACUGUACCUUGUCUAUUAAAAGUAUUGUACAUAUUGUGUUUUUAACAAACUGUAGUUAUAACAAAUUUACAGCUUUGAAUGUGGAAACAGCAAAUUAUAAUUAUAAAUGUCAAAUAUUUAUGUUUUGUGAGUGUAGAGGAACAGAGGUAAUUCCAAUGUACACCUAACUCAUUUGCAUUCUAAAAUAACUACCCUGUGGAAUAAAAAAAUCAAAUUGA